GACGGCUAGACGCCAUGUUACACACAGUACAGUGUGUGUUCGUAGAUAAGGAAAUAUAAUAGCCGCCCAGUAAGGUUUGGUUUAUUGUAAUCGACAGAUCGUCUUUCAAAGUUGGAAAAACGAAGUUUUGCAAAACAAUUGUGAGCACAAACUGAUGCUUCUGUAGCCUGCAAUGACUAAAUACCAACCAGUUUUCAAAUGGCGUAGUACUUCUGCAUCCUGCUAAAAUUGUCUUGAACAGCCACUUAAACAUCUGUCAAAAUGGUUUCAUUACAAGCACUGCGCAAAGACAAAAAUGGAUUAUAUUUAUUCAGUUUUAUUAUCUUUGUUUAUUUUGGAAUUAUGGAUAUAAUUUUGUACAUCACACUUCAAAAGUCUGUUCUAAAUGAGAAGAAAAACGGCAGUUUCUCCCCUUUCCGGCCACUUACAGUGAAACUGUUAAUGACAGAUCCUGUUGAUCACUACAUUCUCUCUCCUGUUGCUGAAUACUUUGAUGAAAUCACGCAAUUCAGUCAUGUCUUUUACUUUAUUACCCCAAAUAUGAUUAGUUUUUCCCACGUUUUCAUUGCUAUUAUUGCUGGCAAGCUGAUAUCUUCGGACUCUCUCUACAACCGUCGAAUGGGUGUUCUUAUCUACCAGUUUCGUUGCUUCCUUGAUGCCUUUGAUGGUGUUGUCUAUAGAGCACAUGUUGGUGCUGGCCAUAUCUACAAAUCUCACCGUUCAUCGUUAGGUUACCUGGUGGAUUCUGUCUGUGAUAUAAGCGGUGGUACUGCUUUGUGUAUAGGAAUGGCUGUCUAUGUCUGUAGAUACCCACCUUUGAAAAAUCAGCAGGAUAUAUUACCAUGGACAAAACCCGUUGAAAACGGGACUGGAAAUACUAAAAAAAAUGGUCAUGUAAGCAGUUGGAUGGCCUUUUGGAGAACUUUCAGUUUUGGCAUGCUGCUUGCAAUGUCUGCAUUUUCAUGGGACAAAACUGUUGAGAGGUUCUCAGGUAUUCUUCAAGUGCCUAUUUCAGAUGCUCAGGACAAAGCACAUCAGACCGAGGCAUUGCAUUUAACCAGUACCUGGUGCAUUAUCUGGCUGUGGAGGAUUGUUGAUGGACAAGCACUCAUGCAGAUGGUGCUAAUUGCAGUUUUUAUAGAUAAAAUUUGGGAAUUUUUGACGUUUAUGCUUUACGUGGGCUGGGCUGUACUCAUAGGGAUGCUCAUUCUGAGUGAAAUUCAAAUUCGAUAUCUCCGUGAAAAGGUUCGAAUAUAGAAGCUGAUGUAGGAAAACUAAUCUCCAGACUGUUGAGGGCAGGAAUCUGCCUCUUUAUACACUCUCCACCUGAACCAUUUCUCAGAAGCAUGUCUUUAAAAAAAAAGAACCCAAAAGAAACACUGCUUUCUCUAUGCCAUCAUUAUUUUUUUUUUCUGUUUUGUUUUGUUUCUAAAAGAUAAGGAAAUAUUAUGCUAACCUACCUUUAACUGCAUGGCUAAAUACAAAAGCAGUCUAGGUUGACAUAUUUAUUUUUCCUUGAAUGAUGAUGUAGUAUUAUAAAAUCUUCAUUGUACUUGUUAGCAUCAAUUAUCUCACCCUUUAAUUCUAUCCUAAAUUUUUUUUUCUUUGUUGCUACAACAGUUAUAAAAUAUGUUGUAUUAUAUGCUAUAAUUGAUUUUUUUGAAUGUUACCAAGGUUCAUCAAAGUCCUUUUGUUAUUUAAUGUAUUUUUUGUGGGUGUGGGGAUUGAGAGGGGUGUGUUCAUUUUUUUUCUUUUUUUAAAUAUAUUUUGAGAGAAGAGUUUUCACAAUGUAAAUUGAUAUUUAAUUGCUGGCUAUGAUUGUGGUUUGGAGCUUAUUUGACAUUGAUAUUCAUUGAGGUGAGAGUGAAGGUAGUGCAGUGCUGAGAAGGGAAAUAGAUGGUAUAGGGAACAAGAAAGGAAAUGGUUGAGAAAAAAGGGAAGAAAUAUAAUUUAAGAUUAUAAAGCCAAAUUAAACAAACUUGACCUACUUACCUCUCUGCCUCUUCUGCUCAGUAUAUGUCCUGCUCUCUUUUAUAAAUAAUACAUUAUAUAUGGUUUAGUAAACAUAGAAAAUGAAAGCAAACAAAGAAAAUUUGUUGAUUUGUCCCUUUCACCAAAAUUGGGUUCUGAAAUGUCUUCUUUCACUGUCAUAAUAUUUGAUGUGAAGAAUGACAUCUCAAUAGUUCCUUAUUUGUGACAGUAUGAUGAAUUGAUUUGCAUCCCUUUACAGUCUCAAUUCAAAUCCCACCAAGGUCAACUUUGCCUUUUGCCCUUUUGAUGUGUAUAAAAUAAGUACUGUUUGAGUACUGGAGUUGGCUAUACCCAAACCCCAAAUUUGAGGCUUUGUGCAAAAGUUAGAAAUCACUAUGAGAAAAUGAUUUGGCCAGGUCUUAGCAAAAUACAAAUAUCAGCUACUCUCUUAAUACUAGUGAUCCCUAAAACAGUUUUUAUUUUAUUAAUUAAUUUUGUUUUCUAGUGUGUGUGUGUGUGUGUGUGUGUAAAUCACCAAAUUCUGCUGACUGAAACAAUCUCUUCAUGUGCUUCCAAAAAUCAAGACUAUUUUUCAGCAAACCUGAAGCUCUUCAUUAAACCACUUAUUUUACUUCCCAUUUUGUACUGACCAAAACCCAGUACUAUCCCUACCUCUUUAUCAUGUAUUUCCCUUGCUAUUUCAAAUUUUUGUUAUUUUCUUCAGUUUGUCUUAGGUACAACAUUCACCACCACCACUACUACUACUUGCAGAUAAGCUACAAAUUCUAUUUUUUGAGAGCAACUGAUUUGACAGCUCUCUACCUUUAAAGCUUUCUAUCUGUACAAGCUAAGUCUCUGGUUCCAAGACAUGCUCUUCACUAAUGUGGACAAGUAGCUAUCAACUAACCUGGACAUGUAAAAAUUAUGCCAGGUCAGAAUAUCAGUUGACUAAAGAAAAUAAUAACAAAUCCAUAUAUUCCCAUUUAUGUAGAUUACUUUUAUUUGAGGUUUCCUAAUAUCCAUGAAAAAUCAUCUUUAUCAUAAAUUUGACAGAAAUGGUAGAAUGCUGAACGAAUACCUUCCCCUAUACUCAGUAUUUAGCUCUAUCCCUCUACAUAAUGAGUUUGAAAUCUGCUACUUAAUAUUUCUGUGAUUCAUUAAGUCAUUUAUAUUCCUCUUCCUCCCUUACGAAUUUGUAGUUUUGUGACUGAGAAAUUGUGAUUAUAUAAAAAAGAGAUGGUGAUUUGGCAGAAAGGGUGUGGAGAUGGGUGAAGGUAUUAGACCACAAAUUUAAAUACCCCUGCAACCAUUUUGUUAUGUUUCUGGAGAAGAACACUUUUGUCUGAGCUUUCACUUAGCUGCUCAGAAUGUGUACCAAAUUGUUUCAGUUUACCCAGCUGUUCAGAAUGGGUACCAGAUUGUCUGGAAAAGGUUCAAUAGACUGGGUCAUCCAUUAAAAGUUACUUCCUAUCUUGAAACUGUCAAGUAGGCGACCCUUUUUAUCACACUAGUGCAAUAAAUACUAAAUCUGGAUUUUUUUUUCUCCAAGUUUGUGUCUCUUUGUGGUUAACUUGACAUCACACUGAGAUCAAAGCUGAUAUUCAAUCAACAAUGCAGUAUUUGUUCAGGUUCUUUAUGUUCUGAGUUCAAAUCCUGCUGUGGUUAUCUUUACUUUUCAUCCUUUUUGGAGUCAACAAACUAAAAUACUAGUCAAAUACUGAGGUCAAUGUAGUUAAUGAACCUCCUCCCUUCAAAUUUCAGAUUUUGUGCUGAUGUUAUUUUAUUUUAUUUUAUGUUAUUUAUUAAACUUAACCAUAUUUAGGUUUGUAUCUGCUAUCUUCAGUUCAAAUUACAUCAGGGUCUGUUUCACCUUUCUUACAUCUCCUAGAGAGGUGGUGGGGUAAAAUAAGCACCAAAUAAUCAAUUAAAUUCACUCUUUCCUACCUUAGCAAGUUUUUAGUCUUGUACCAAUGUGAGAAAUUAUUAUUAUUAUUAUGAUUAUUAUUAUUAUUAUUAUUAUAUAAGAUGGCGAGCUGGCAGAGUCAUUAGCACACCAGACAAAAUGCUUGGCAACAUUUUUUAUGUCUUUACGUUCUGAGCUCAAAUUCCACUGAUGUUGACUUUGCCUUUCACCCUUUUGGGGACAAUAAAAUAAGUAUCAGUCAAAUAUUGUUGUUGAUGCAAUUGAUUCUCCCUCUCCCUUUGAAAACUGCUGGCCAAAAUUUGAAACUAUUAUUAUUAUUAUUGGGAUUACAUCAACCCCAGUACUUGACUGAUACUUAUUUUACUGACCCUGGAAGGAUGACUGGCUGAGGCUAAUUUUGAAAUUCAUCCUUUCAGGGUUGCCCUCCCACUAAAAUUUCAGGUCUUGUGCUAAAAUUUGAAACCAUUAUUAUAAAUUUAUUUAUUUCAAAAUUUUUGUAUCUCAUCCCUAUGAUGGAAUUUAGGUGGGUUUACUCUUGGGAUAUUAGUAUUCUGGUUCAUGUUAUGUGUGCUGCUUUACAUCACUGUUUGGAUCUUUUUUAAAACGGGGGCCACAUUUUUCAUUAAU